AUGCUUGUCAAGCAGUCUGCAGUCAUCUACAAGAGGCUGAGCCCACUCUGUAGGACGUUCGCCUCGUGGACGGACCAUGAAAUCGUCGCCAAACGCCUCGACCGCGAGUUUCCUGCCGAAGACCCGAGAACCGUCAAUACUUAUCGUAUUAGAACUCUGGCAUUGGAGUUAGAUGACUUCAUAGAUGAUCCCAAGGCAGUGCUGAAAGAGAAAGAUACGAUUAGUAUAGUUGGCCACUGGAAGCAUAUAUACGACGCUCGUUUACAUGCUGUUGCCUACCCAGAGAUGGCCGAGGACAAAGAGUCCUGCCAAGGAGAAUCGUCGAGCUGGGAGCAUGACCGCAUUUCGGUAGAGAAGGAUCCGUCCAAGAAGGUGGCCGACUUAGCCGAUGCCAGCACUAUUCGUCGGGCGAGGGAGGUCGACAGGGCCAUGCAGAAGGACCGAGCUCAUCGUAUCAAGAACUAG